AUGGCAGCCAUGGCUUCCCUUGAUCAUGUGCAUCCUCAAUCAAGCGGUGCACUGCAGCAGCUUGAAGAGCCUCAUGUCCCUACCUCGUUUUCCAGGCUUCAAAAGUGCCGAAUUGUAUGGACGGGCAUAUGGAUUUCAUGGAACAGCAACCUUGGCUCAUCGCUCCCAUCUGGGGCUGUCGACGCCAUACGAACUGACUUCUCGAUCCACAGUGCCACAAACCUUGUCUGUCUCAAUUCGUUGUACAUGCUUGGGUACACCAUCGGGCCGCCCAUGUUCGGCCCCUUGAGCGAACAUAUUGGCCGUCGGCCGGUGCUCAUUGUCACGUACAUCAGCUAUCUGAUUUUCACCAUGGCUUGCGCACUCAGCAACCGCUUCAGCCUGCUCUUGCUCUUUCGAUUCCUCGCCGGACUUGUCGCUGCUGCCCCUAACGCCGUCGUUGGCGGUUUGUUCGCAGACAUUUACGACAAUCAUGAAGAACGGGGCAAGGUCAUGGCAGCGUUCCUUCUAGCUGGAUCACUGGGUUCACCGAUCGGCCCCAUAAUCUCUGGGCUUGUCGAGAAGCUUUCUUGGAGGUGGAGCUUCUGGAUUGUCCUGCGAAGACGGCUUGACGCAUCCACCCGGAUGGAGAAUACUCCAGCCACGGAGCUUUAUGGCGUCUAUGGCAUGUCUCCGAGCACCAGUGGUCUCGCAUUCCUGCCAGUGGCAGGAGGCUGCGUAGCCGCUCUCGGCAUCUUCUUUUGGUACGAAGCAAGGUAUGCCAAGUUCAAAAGCACAGAAGCCUUAUGGACAUUCGACGACGAAUACCGCCGCCUACCACUCGCCUGCAUAGGAGGACCUGGUGUUGUCGUUGCCCUCUUCUGGUUGGGCUGGACAUCUGUCCCGUCAAUUCACCCAGCCGUGCCAAUCAUGUCGGGAUUCUGCUUCGGAGCGGGCUAUCUUCUCAUUUUCAUGGCCAUGCUGAACUACCUCACUGACGCAUAUUAA